AUGAAGUCAAUACAGAUGAUACUAGCAGUCUUUGUGGUUGCCACUCUUUGCGGAACAGUUAAAGGGGGACAACGUAAGAAUAGAGGUAGAGGAUAUUGCACUAAUAGUAGAUGUCGAUCAGGAUAUAAUUAUUAUGGCAACAAUGGAAAUUGUAAUUAUGGCAAUAGGUCUUACAAGUAUGAUUGCAACUCUUAUGCAGGAUGCUGUCUCCCACGUAACCCAUACAGCAAAUUCAAUUACUACUGCACUUAUGAAAACGGAUGUCCAGAUAAUUAUUAUUUUUAUAACAACAAAGGCUACUAUUAUUAUAAUAACAAUGACUACUACAAUUGUCGUUCUUACAAGGGAUGUUGUAUCCGUGGUGGUUCAUAUUGA